AUGGGUCGGGAUUCGCUCUCGGCGAAGCAAACGACGACCGUUAAGGCCGCGGCUGCGGACUCAGGACUUGAGGGUAUCCGCGCAGUGGAAGCUUCUCGCACCCCAGAGGUGCUCAAGAUCUCGCAGCACCCGCACAUCGACGACCCCGAGGACCUCACGGAACUCAUCUCCAAAGGCGGCGUCAACGCUUUGUUUGGCGGCUCCCAAGCCUCCGCCGAACCGGCCGCCAGUCAAGGCGCCAACAACCAAAAGGCCAACAACCAAAAGGCCAACAACCAAAAGGCCAACAACCAAAAGGCCAACAACCAAAAGGCCAACAGCCAAACGACAGAGAGCAAGGAUCCAGCCGCAGCGGCUGCCAAGGGUGCUCUGAAGGCGCCUUCAGAACAAGGGAUCAGGAGUCGCAGCCCGGGUCCGAUCAGUGCGGGUGUGAGCGACAUUUCUUUCAGUAACGACGAGGCCAGUGUGAGUCCGAGCGUGACGCCAACGAGUCUGUUGGCCGAAAGUCCUUCUCCGUCGAUGAGUUCAGUGUCAUCGCGGGCAGACUUUGACCCCUACCGCGAUGAUGAGUCAGAAGCCGAGUCGCAAAUGACGCCCAUCACCUCGCUCUCCGACGCAUCGAGCGUCGUCGGUGAGCCCGACGAAUAUUACAUUCUGCCCACCGAGGACUACUUCCAUCGUGCCCCUUCGCCCGCCGUCGCGCGUCUCCAUGAGGUCAAAAUUCCCGCAGAGUACUACUUCACGCCAGCCUCGCCCGCCGCGCCAGCUGCCCCCGCCGUGCCACCCAUGAGAGCUUAUAACAAACAUCUCGCCCCACGCACUGCCGCCGCUACCAACGAACCCGUGGCUCAGGACGAACCCAGUACUGCCGACCACUCCGCCACCACCGAAGCCGAAGCGACUGAGGACGUUAAGGAAGAAGCAGUCAAGGACCAAGCAGUCAAGGACCAAGCAGUCAAGGACCAAGCAGCCCCGGAGGAAGAGUCGAUGGCUGGGGCGGAGCAGGGCACGCCCAAAGUUGGGGAGGAAGGCGAAGAAGGCGAAGAAGGCGACGAGCCUGUUGAUACCAAGGCAAAGGGCUCCGGCGAACCCAGUCUAACUGUGGUCCUGCAGGGCUAUGCAAGUCUCUACCGAGACAUGCAGCGUAAGCGACAGCAACUGCGGCAUGCGGAAGAGUGCCUCGCUCUCGCAGAAGCCACCGCGGCAGAAGAAGCGAAACGCCUGGACGCCUUCGAACAGUACGUACAUGACGUCGAAAAGAGGGCAGAACCGUACCGGAAGUUCCUCUCCUUCUUCGGCUGGGCCUAG